UUUCAUUUUUAAUUCCCUCUCUAUGAAGCCAAACCCUUAACCCCAAAACUCCCACAAACUCCAAAAUUUUCCUCAUCCAUGGCUACCCACAACAUUCUCCACAAGCCCAUGGAACAUCUCAUGAUUUAGCUUCUUCAGUUUUGAUCCCCCAUCUCUCUUUUUCCUCACCACAAUCAUCACAAAACCCUCUUCAACAUUCAAACCAAAUUUUCCAAUCCAAACACACAAUUUUGCAAAUUAUAUUCCUUUUCGUCAACUCCCAAAUGGAUGGAAUUACACCCCACAAUCGCUCUCUUCCUCCUCCUUUCCUUUCUAAAGAUCUCCAUCUCCACCAUGGUUUAUUCCACCACCACCAAAACUCCGACGACGACCAAACCCCCGGAGCUAAGAGAGAUAGGGAGGAAGAAAACCCCACCACAGCCGCGAUGUCCGACACCAAAGAAUUAUCAAAUUCUUCUUCUCGACGCCCACGUGGCCGACCAGCUGGUUCCAAAAACAAGCCAAAACCACCCAUUAUAAUCACUAGAGACAGCGCUAACGCCCUCAGAUCUCAUCUCAUCGAAAUCUCCACAGCCUCCGACAUCGUCGAUUCCCUCGCCGCCUUCGCACGCCGUCGCCAGCGCGGCGUUUGUAUUCUAAGCGCCACUGGAACCGUCGCCAACGUCACUCUCCGGCAGCCGGCCUCCCCCGGCGCUGUCAUCACCUUACAUGGUAGAUUUGAAAUUCUCUCCCUCUCUGGCUCCUUCCUCCCACCGCCGGCUCCCCCGGCCGCCUCCGGCCUGACCGUUUACUUGGCUGGUGGGCAGGGGCAGGUCGUCGGUGGGAAUGUAAUCGGCCCACUUUCCGCGUCUGGUCCAGUGAUUAUCAUGGCGGCUUCUUUUGGUAAUGCUGCUUAUGAACGGCUACCCAUUGAUGAUGACGACGAAGCUUCACCGGCAGCGGAGAUGGCGGGACAACAGGGAGCACCGCCACCGCCGCCCCAAUUGUUGGGGGAUCCUAAUGGGGGAUUGUUUCAUGGUAUGGCGCAGAAUGUUGUGAAUUCUUCAUGCCAAUUGCCCGCGGAGGCGGCGGCGGCGUUUUGGGGAGGAGGUCGGCCACCUUAUUGA